AUGAAUUUAUCUGGUCUUCUACAGCGAGUUGUUCUUCUGACUGCAGUCAGACAGAUCCUGUGCCACACACUGCAUUUCAAAGUCCAAGAAGAGGAGGAGGAGGGCGUUAAGAUUGGCGCUCUGAGUGAAUAUUCUCCUCCGUAUCAGCUGCUCACCACAGAGGACACGGGGUAUGUAAGAGUGGACGAAAAAGGAGACCUGUACACCACAGAGCGUAAAAUCGACAGAGAGGCUCCCUGCACGCUCAUCUCGGUCGACGCUGUCGUAGGCCAAGGGCAAGACCAAGAGCUGGUGAAGGUGUUAAUCACGGUGGAGGACAUUAACGACAACGCUCCGCAGUUCGAAGAGAGCGAGAUUCGUCUAAGCGUCGCCGAAGACGCGUCGGUCGGAACGAGGUUUCUGCUGGAUGACCUUGCUCAGGACAGAGAUGCAGGUGACAAUGCAGAGCUGCACUAUCACCUAGAGGGAGCCCAUGGCCUCUUUGGUUUGACCCAGAGCGAAUCCUCACUCGAGCUGGUGGUUCAAACCACUCUGGAUCGAGAGACUCAGGAUAGCCACCGCGUGACACUCGUUGCUGUAGACGGCGGUUUGGUGCCACUCAGUGCUACCACAAUCCUCAUUAUAACAGUGGAAGAUGUCAAUGAUAACUGCCCACGGUUUGACCCAGAGGGUCCCCACACUGCCACAGUGACAGGGGACCCCCGGGGAGGGACAGAGUUGGCCCGAAUCGAAGCCACUGACCCGGACCUGGGUCAGAACGCUGAGAUUACAUACUCUUUCGGCGUUCAGAUUUCAGACAGAGCGAAGGCAUUGUUCCGCAUCGACAAACGCACGGGACAGAUCACCUUAACCAGGGACGUUAAGAUCGACAGCCCCGAGGUGCACGUGUUGAAAGUAUACGCGAGUGGGCCGCUCUGUCCAUUUGCCCACAUCGAUGUAACCAUAUACAUGCAGCCAGAGGCAAACCCAGAGCCUGGAAUUAAGAUCAAGUUCAUAGCAAAGCAUGAAAACAGAACAAUACUGCUGGAGGAGAAUGAACCCCCCACCGCCCUGGCUCUUUUGGAGCUGACAGACACCUCCACUGUCAAAAGCGUUCUGUCUUUAGCGGCAGAUGACACACCGUUCUCGCUGAAACUCCACGCUGGGCGCUAUCUCCUUUCAACAUCAAAACCCCUAGACUUUGAGGUGCGCAGGGAAUAUCUAGUUACAGUUGUUAUCAAAAACACCGAGGGCGAGUGUUUACUUGUAAAGGAAGUGAUCAAAGUUCAGAUACAGGACGUCAAUGACAAUGCCCCGAGCUUUGAGCUGCCUCGCUAUGAAAAGGACCUUGAGGAAAACAACGAACCUGGGGCACUUCUUUUACAGGUUAGGGCAGUUGAUGCAGACAGCCAACUGAAUGGGAAAGUUUCAUACAGACUGACGUGGAACAGCCCAGAUAUCUUCAGUGUAAACCCUAUGACGGGGCAGCUGUUUGUGUCAGAGUCUUUGGACAGAGAGCAGCAGGGGUCGUACUAUCUCACCGUGUUGGCCAGGGAUCAUGGCACGCCUUGGCGUGAAGCCUCUGUACCAGUUCGCAUUAAUGUACUGGACCAAAACGACAACCGGCCCGCUUUCCUAACCCCACGUUUCAUCUUCUUCGUGUCUGAGAGCAUCCCCCAUCUCGGCCACGUGGGGAAAGUGGGCGUGACCGACGAAGACCACGGGGAAAACGGACGGGUGGUGGACGUGCGCGUGCUGAACGACAGCGUACCUUUCGCCUUCGACCACUCCCAGGGCACGUUACGGAGCACGGGCGAGGUGGACCGCGAGAAACGGGAACGCUAUGAGCUGCUCCUCCUCGCCCGCGACGGGGGCACCCCUCCCCUCUCCUCCACGGCCUGGGUCACCGUCUUCGUGGAGGACGUCAACGACAAUCAACCCCAGGUCAUCCUGCCCAGCAGUAACCUCUCCUGCCUUACCGUAUCGCCAACCACCAGGGCUGGCACCAUGGUCACUAAGAUCUAUGCGAUUGACGAGGAUUCGGGCAUGAACUCGGACAUCACCUACCACAUCAUCGCUAGGGAACCAGAGCACCCUAGUCCGUUCGAGAUCGACCCGCGCACAGGCAACAUUACCCUGGUCCAGCACCUGGGGGGCCGGGACUACGGCAUGUACCAUCUCUUUAUAGUGGUUAGCGAUGGGGGCAAACCGGCUCCACUGCAGGCCACAGUGUGGGUGAACCUGCUGAUCAAUGACACUCAGAAACAGUGUCACCUCAGCUCUGUCCCGGAGUACUCACCACGCAGUGAUACUGCCCCUGCAUCUGCCCCACGUUGCCAGGACAACGACGGCCGUACAGAACAUGCUCAGCUUGUAUUCCUAAUCGGCGUGGGGAUGAUGGUCGUCUCUCUGUGUGUGCUCCUGGCAGCCGUGGUGAUAUUUGUGAAGUAUAGACAAAAGAGACCAGAAAAGCAGAAAAGUGUUUGGAGGGAAAGUGAACUGCGACCUUUAAACUAG